CGACAAUGCUCAGUGAUGUUCAGUUUGGUCCGAGGUUGGACUGCUUCGAUGAAAAGGCAACAUCACGGGACCCGUUCGUGUUGGCACCAGACCUUGCAAAAAAAGUGAGGAAGGGACAGUUUACGAUCUUUGACGACGAAGAAGUCAGUAUAUCUCCAACGCACCCGCUAGCACGAAAAAAGUCGGAGUUGUCAGAGCUAUGGACAAGAAAAGCUGAGGAUCUUGAUUGGGAUUCGAUAAUGAAAAGUGCUUCCACUAAAUCACAGCCCAAGAAUCAAAGUAAAAGUCAGCUAUCCUUGGACGAGUUGACGAGCUUGAAACUGACGAAAGGGUGGAAUGUGGCUAUGGAUUCCAAUAGGAAUACUACUCCAAAAAGCAGCGAGAUCCUUGAACAUGCACUGAUGACCGGACCCAAUCCCGUUGCAACAAGUUAUCGAGUGUGCACUCAAAGCCCUCUGCCACCGUACAGCGAAGCUGAGACCAGCACAACAGGACUUGAAGACAGCCGCAUGACUUUCCCGCUCCAUGACUUAACGGGAGUUAUAACAACAAAAAAGCACGAAGAAGAAUUAAUGAAGUAUAUGGGCGUGAAUAAUCUAGAUUUUACAAUAGCCCGGCGCUACGCUCCAAAAGAUAGCGAUAAUUAUUCUCUUGGAGAGAUGAAAAAUGGCUUUUUCCAUGCUUAUGCUAGUGGAGGUACUUCAAAAGCUGGGAUAGAGAAAAUGUUUUUGGAUCCAAAAGAAGCAAAAGCUAAGGAAGUAGACGCGAGCAUUAACGCGCUCAACAGUUGGAGAGUACAAGGGCUUUCACAAAGUGCUAAAGCAGGUGAUAUCAGUCAACUCAUUCGACAGUUGAUUCAAUUGAAAGCUAACCUGUUGUGUAUUACUAUGGAUGGGCAUGCCACUAUGGAGUCAGCAGAUCGAAUGGUGCGAAGAGCAAACGAUUGGUUUCAUCAAAUGUUGGACGACCUGGAGAAACGCAUCAAAGACGAGCGGCGAUUGGAUAGACAAUAUCGCCGCCGCAUUAAACUUUUUUUGAAGCCUAUUAUUGAUAAAUUGUGUGACCUGGAACUGCUCUAUGAAACUCUCAAUUUUUUGGAGAAACGAUUGAAAGCAAAUAAUGAAACGACUACAAUAUUAAAGGAAAACAUGCGCAAUGCGAGGAGAAUUCUGGCUAAGCUUACCGCUCUGGAUUACAAACGCUUGCUGCCAGAACAACCUUAUAUCGAAACCUCCGACUACACCAUAGCUGCAAAGGCAUGUACAGCGUUCCACCUGCUCGAGCAAAGCCUGAUGCAUGCAAUGCCAUUCAUAACGCGUUCCAGUGCAGCAUCGUCGCUGAUUGAUACCAUAACGAAUCAAAUGCAAGGAAUACACAAAUCUCUUGUAGAAGAAGUACCAAGGCACACACUUUCCGAAUAUAAUGCAAGAUUGACGUCAACCGACAUGCAACCAAGAACAAACGCAAUGUUUGAAGGCAUCCCACCUUUGGAAGCAGCUCCUAGAAGCUUGUUUGGCGAGCGUAGGCGACGCAAAUACUGUUCUCAUAUUAAGCUAGAUCCUUGGUCAUCGGAGGUCAGCACUCGCACAACCGAUCCAACUGCGCUCAGCUCGACAGAGAUUCUUAGUGCAAAAAUUUCCACAUUGCCAUUAUCCGACUUUCACGAGUCAGAAAUGAGUAAUACGCCAACGGAAGCAAGUCUGCGCAAGAAUGAUCUUUUCGAGAGCUACAGGGCAAAAUUUAACAAGAAUUUAAGCGAAGAUCGCCCGCCAACCGUUAUUAGCUCCCUGUAUACUCAAUCUGACAAAUCCUUAUGUAAGUCUUUCGAAGAGGCGCAACUCAUCAGAAAUUUUCAAGCUAGCAGAGGAGCAACACCGACGUCAAUGAGUGCAUCAGGCUCCACUAAUCGUGCUCCUGUCAGCGUGACAAGACCCACACUUUCGACAUCAUUGACACCCACUAUGUCAGAGAUCCCGUCAUAUAGUGUGCCAGGACUAUCGAGCACAUCUUUAAAUACUGCAGAAGCGGAGCACACUACGACUAGUAUCACAACGUCUGCAAAUUCAGUAGACCCGACGAGUCAUACGACACCGGUGAUCGCAUCCAUGACUUCCCUACCAGGAUCUGGUCUUGACGAAUCUAGUCAGAUCGCUAUGCCAGUGAUUACAGGCUUGAUGCCAUCGAUGGAUGCACAAGAACAUGAGAUGGUGACCAUGCCAGUGAUUUCGGGAUUUGUAGCAAUGCCUGCCAGUGACGAAAAGAGGAUUUUUGUGCCACUUGUUGCUUCUUUGACCUUUGCACAUGUAAAAGCCGGGACCGCUACAGGACGGACCUUGCCAGAUCUGGACACUCCAGAGGAUUUCAAGAUAGAGACUAAGCCAGUGAUUUCAACGCUUAUCUCAGUCAACUCAGAUGGCGAACAACCGGCCAGAGUCCUACCAGUGGUCACAUCGGUUACCCCGUUAUCCACUUCAAAGCAGGUGUCCAUGGCGACAACGCCUGCAGUUUCAACGUCUGUUUCGCUACCAGGAAAUGGCAAAGAAUCUACAGUGAUAAUGCCAGUGGUUGUAUCUAAUACGUAUCUGCCUGUAGCUAACCCAGUGCAAGUGACAGCGAACAACACAAGCAAACCAAAAAUAUCCAUAACCUCUGCCUCCACAAUAACUAGAGUGCCAAAUGUAUUCAAGAAUGCUAAGUACUCGAAAACGCCAGAUCCAAUGAGAUCACAUCCCAAAAAAGGAAGAAGUACUAAGAAUGUGGCCAAAUCACCAAGGUCCGGGGGUAGGGAACGAUCGAGAAGAGCAAAGAAGAUCGUUUUCAAGAAGCAACUACUGUCUCAAAGUCCACCAUUAACUUCGGCACUGAAAACGGCAAUUGUCGAUGGAUCCGUACAUAGAAUUCGUGCAAAUCUAAAUUAAGGAAAAUCUCUCUAAUCGUUUCUUGUUUCAACUUCUUCACUUAGCAUUGUAGAAAUAAGACGGGAGCCGUGCCCUUACUAAAUCUUUUAUGAAUAAAUUUUUGAAAUGGG